CUAAACCCACAACAGUAAAAUCAGUCUGUAUAUGCAGUAAAGCAUGCUUGAUAUACUGACUGUGGAACCUAAGGGGUUCAUCCUCCACAUUGUGUAAAAAGGAUGUUUGAUCCUCUCUUAUCUGAUCCUCCCCUUCUACCAGUGUCCCCUAAAUAUCUCCUGAUAGAAAAGAGGCUCGGGAGCAAGAUGCACAUGCUCAAUUUGGUGUGUAUUGCAAGAGAGGUUUUUUGUUUCUAGGGAGAAGUUCAUGUGAUCAGCACAGGGCCAAUCAGCACUGUCCAGACAGAGGUCAGGGGUUCUGCAUCC